AUGGCCCCCUCCGCCACAGCCCUGGCACUGUACGUGGCACUGUUCCUCGCCCGGCGGACGGACGGUGAGAAGCUGGCGAGGCCCACGCGCGUGCGCUUUGCUGCGGAGAUAGCACAUCACCUGCUGCGGUGGGAGCCAGGACACAACUACUCCAGUGAUGUCCGCUACGAAGUGGAGCAUAAAGUCUAUGGCACGAAUUUCUCCUGGGCAGCCAUCCCAAACUGCAUGAAGAUCUCGGGGCACUCCUGCGACCUCACGUACUACACCCUGGAUCCUGGACAGCGCUACUAUGCACGGGUCAGGGCCGUGUCUGGAAACCACACGUCCCCAUGGCAAAGGACCAACAGUUUCUCCCCGGAAGAAGCCAGCCUGCGCCUGUCGGGCCAGAGCCUCUCUGUGACAGGCAACACCAUCCACGUGCAGCUGCAGCUUCUCCUCAGGGUGGGGAACCUCACCGUGAAAUACGACAACAUACAGAAGCACACGAGGCGAUACCGGGUGUACGUCAGGAGGGCGCAGGACAAUCGGACGUACGAAGUGCUGGAGAACACCCCGGCGUUCAACAUCAGCAACCUCUUCUGGGACACGGAGUACUGCAUCAGCGUGGAGCCCAACGUGGCCAGCCGGCGCACCCACGCCACACGCACCAACGAGGAGUGUGUCACCAUCAGCAAGAAAGACAGGAGUGCAGAGUUUGUCCUGAGCACCAUCAGCUCCUCCUUCAUCACCAUGUUGCUCUUGGGCCUCCUGGGAGCUCUGCUGGUGUGCACCUACAUCAAGAAACCUGUGAGGCCGCCGUCCGUCCUGAAGUCUUUCAUAAAGCAGAGCUCGCUCUGGGUGGAGCAGGAGUCCUCAUCCUCGGGCAGCCCGGACGCAGACUCUGUCCAGCAGCUGUUCCUGUGCCAGAAGGAGUCACAGCAGCACAGCGGCCUGGAUGGUAGCACCGGCAUAGCCCAGCUGCCCCUGGAAAAGGGCUGGAGGCUCCCAGUGUGGCCCAAGGACUGGGUGUGCCUGCUGGGGCCGGGGGCCAUGGGGAGCGGAGACAGCAGCUGCACCAGCACCGACAGCGGCAUUUGCCUGCACACCUCCUCCUCUGAACUGAGCUGCUCCUCAGGCCCCGAGCCCCAGGGCUACAAGCGGCAGCUGCCCACUGGCGAUGACAGCGGCAUGGGCUUGGAGGGGGAGCUUGGCCUCUCCCCUGCUCGCCCCGCCCCUGCCGCCGGCCAGGACAGCCAGCAAGACGUGGAGUUCCGUGGGUACCUGCAGCAGUCCAAGGGCACGGUGGAGGCAAGGCAGGACGCAGCCAAGGAGGUGCCCUUCUUGGGCUGUGCAGGACCGCCGCAGGGCCCGGGCAGCACUGACAUCGUGCUGGAUGAGGAGCGCUCCGAGCUGGCUGUGGCCAAAGGGUAUUUGAAGCAGUCCUCUCCUGAGCAUCCCCGCAGCCACAGACAGGACCUUGCUCCAUGGGGGCCCCCUCAGGAGCUCACUGCCUGGGACUUUUCCAGCCAUGUGGGGCCCCGAGCCCCCACUCUCCUGAGCUAUGGGGCUCCGGGUGCUCCCUUGGCCUCCAAAGCUGUCCCCGAGCUCCUGAAAGCUCCCUUCGACCUGAGCAUCUUCAACACUGACCUCCUGGGGACGCUGCCCCUCAUCCCCAGCCUCAGCACCAACGAGUGGCUCACGCUGCAAAUCAACCCCCUGAGCCUGCUCAAUGGGGACAGCAAGGACAGCCGCCUGUGA